ACUGACAGUUAAGCAGAAAAUCAUCACACACUGUCUCGUUAUCGGUCGUCUGGUCCGUAUCGGUCACGAUAUUUUUGCGAUCAUAAUCGCACACCGGUGAGGUGAAGGAAAAGUUUUUCACCGUCUAACCACAAAGAUCGUAAUGUCGCGACCGUUCUUCCCGUUAAUUGUUCUAGUGUACGGUGUACUUCUGGUGUCGGAAUCGUGCACGGCAAACGAAGUGUUCGGUUGUGGGGGCUUUAUAAAAAAUGCAAACUCCGACCUCGAUUUCAGCAAGGUGGAAGUUGGACUAUACAACACCCAGGGCAGUUUAAAAAUCAAAACGGACUGCUCGCCCUCGAACGGGUACUAUUUUAUUCCUCUGUAUGACAAGGGCGAGUAUGUGUUGAAAGUUAUUCCUCCACCGGGCUGGAGUUUCGAACCGGAGCAAGUACCAAUCAAAUUCGAUGGAACCAGUGACAUCUGCAGUCAGGGCAAGGAUGUGAAUUUUCUUUUCAAAGGUUUCGGUAUUACCGGAACGGUACAAAUCUACCGUCAAACAGCUGGAGCCAAAGGAGUACAAGUAGAGCUGAGGUCCGAGAGCAACGCCAAGAUCGGUCAGACGGUUACCGAUAGCAAUGGUAUCUUUUCGUUUACUCCGAUUAAAUCUGGCAAGUAUGUCAUCAAAGUAAAGCACGAUAAGUGGCACUUUGUUAUCCCGGAGUAUAGUGUGACGGUGACUACAGGGAACACGGAAAUUCCUCCGAACUCACUGGUCGUGGCCGGAUUUGAGGUGGAGGGUAGUGUUUUCAGUGAUGAACAACCGUUUGGUAAUGUGGGAUUUUUACUGUAUGCCGAAAAGGGUAUGGUUUCGAUGGUGAAAUGUCCUACGGACAAAAUUCCACCGGUAAGUGGAACUGACCCACGUUACGGUGGCUCACCUCGCUGCUAUGUAGAACCUAACAAAUCGAAUGGGAAAUUUGUGUUUCCCAGUGUGUCGGUGGGAAAGUAUCGCAUUGUGCCACAUUUUAGCAGCAAAGAUAUCCAGUUCCACAUUCGUCCGGAGGCGAUGGAGUUCGAGGUAGGUCGAGAUAGCGUCCAGCUAGCGGAAAGCUUUGAAGUGACUGGAUUUAGUGUGAGCGGAAAGGUGCUGCUUGCUAGUGGUGGCGCAGGUGUCGCUAACGCCAGGGUCAAGCUUAACGGCCGUGAAAUUGCCACUACGGAUGCUGAUGGCAAGUAUUUGCUGGAUAAUAUACAGGCAGGAACAUACACAAUUCAGGUGGCAGCAACAAACUUGCAGUUUAAGGAUCAUAUCGUUAAAGUAGCGUUAAGUAAACCGGCCCUGCCGGACAUUAUCGUAGCAGGUUUUAAGGUUUGCGGUCAAGUUGUUUCUAAGCAGUCCCAUCGAGUUGCUAUAACAAGAAAGGGUUCAACCUUCCAGGUUGAAAUACCAACCAUUGAAAAUGCUGGAGGUGAAUGGUGCACAUACCUGGAGAGCGGUCAAUAUACAGUGCAGGUUUUAACUAGCGAGCAGGAGCAUGCCGCAGGAAUUCAAUUCUUCCCACUGACCCAAUCAGUAAAUGUUGAUCGUUCUCCAUUAAGUGGAAUCAUAUUUUCUCAACUCAGAGCUACCGUAGAAGGUGACAUUCGGUGCUUGCCGGACGCUGGUAGCAGCUGUCCAAAAGACUUGACUAUCACUUUGACUGCAUUGGAUUCUAGUGGGAAUCCAACUGGCCAGUUAACCAAAACAGAUCAAAAGGCUGGUAAAUAUUUAUUCGAAAAUGUGCUUCCCGGAAGCUAUGAAGUUUCCGUGCCGAAAUUCAAACUAUGCUGGCAAGCCGACAAGAUUAAAAUUAACGUAAAAACUGUGAAGGAAUCAGUUGAAAGCUUUGUCCAAAAUGGCUACGUCGUAUCAAUAGUUUCGAGUCACGCAACAAAGAUGUCAUACAAACAGCAAAGCGUAGAGGAAGCUAAAUUGCACCAAAUCACUUUAAAUCCCGGACUAAAUGCAUUCUGCGUACAGAAAGCCGGUACCUACGAACUCGAUCUCAGUGGUUGCCACAAAUACGCCGACAACGUUGCCAAAACGUUCAACACAAACGAAGUCGCACCACUUACGAUAACUGCACAGAAGCAUCGCAACACCGUCAAAAUACUCGCAGAGGAAAAGUACACUUAUAAAGCCAAAGUAUCCAUCGGAAACUCAAUCCAAACGAUCGAAUUCACGCCCACCGGUGAACUCGUAGAUAACCGACAUGUCUACAAGUAUGACUUCUUCCUGGAGUCGGGAGAAAAUAUUCACUUAACACCGCUGUCUGAUAUUAUGCUGUUCAGUCCAGUUUGGCUGGAAGCUACCGGGGGAGCAGACUGCACAGAAGUUCCAACAAAAAUCAUCGCCAACAAAGGGCUGCUGAUCAAUGGCCGUACUAAUCCUUCGAUUAAGGACGUCAAAAUUACUUUGCUGUUUCCGAAGAAUGCCGAGUUGACACCGCUAAUCACCACUACCAACGAGAAGGGAGAGUUCAAAUUUGGUCCUAUUGAUGCUAGUCUAACGGUGGAACUGUCGGCCGAAAAGGAAUCUUACGUUUUUUCGGCAUUCGAUAAAUCAACCAACAGCUUUAGUGGUCACAAGUUGUGCGAAAUCAUUGUCACGGUGAAAGAUGAUGCCGGUAAUCGUCUAUCCGGUGUGCUUCUGUCGCUUUCCGGAGCGGAAAGUUAUCGCAAAAAUUUAGUAACUGGUGAAGACGGCACCAUUAAGUUUCAUUCACUUUCGCCAAGUGAGUACUACUUACGAGCGAUGAUGAAGGAGUACGAUUUCAAGCCAAACUCUAAGUUAAUUGAAGUAAAGGAAGGUGCCACCGUUGUGCAGGAACUACUGGGAACUCGAACAGCUUUCUCCAUUUUUGGGGCCAUCACAUCGUUGAACGGAGACCCCUUCCCGAAUGUGGUUGUAGAAGCGGUAACGGACGAUCGCUGCGGAAAUCACCUGGAAGAGGGAACCAGUGAGUUCAAUGGGUUGUACCGAAUUCGUGGUCUACAACCCGGAUGCCAGUAUCGCGUUCGCGUGCGCACCAACGGGCCCACCGCCAACGUUGACCGUUCGAUUCCGAAGGAGAAGCUCAUCAACAUCGAAAAGGGUGACAUUCGUGACGUCAACAUGAUCGCCAUCAGCCCGCUGACUUUUGUCGAUGUGACCGUACGGGUGCUCGCUUCCGAAAACGACUACUACAAAACCCUUAAAAUAUUCUUGUACAAAAAAGGAAGCGAUUCACCCGUUCACACCCAACGCAUCGAGUCUCCACUGAACCCGAAGGGUAAAGUCAACCCAGGCAUAAUGGUGUUCUUCCCUCGCAUCCCGUUCGACAGCAAAACGUACUACAUCGAGCUGACUACCAGCUUGUCAGACAAAAACUACAAAUUCACGCUUCCAACGGUGCAAUUCACCGCCAACACGAGCAGCUACUUCACCGAAAUGUACUUCCGCCCGGAACUGCGAACAGCCGAAAGUGAUCUCAACCAAAACUCACUGUCCGCGAUUGUACUCAUCUUCAUCGUAGGUUUCAUCUUCUUCAAGCAAGAUCUCGCCCUGGAACUGCUGGGGAUGGUGUGGAACAAGGUCAGCUCAGCGGUGGGUGAAAUCGUAAGCCGAUCGAAACCAAAAGAACAGAAAUACGAACCGGCCGUUAUCGACGAAAAGGAAAUCGAUAAACUUGCCUCCAGUAUCAACGCGAUCAAAAAGAAGAAAGUCAAAAAGGCCAACUAAGCGGUGUGUUGUUAGUAUAAGUGUUAGAAUGUGUAAUUUAAAGCGAUUGGUAGAUACGAUCAAAUGGUAGAAUCGGUGUGAGAUUAAA